GUCACGUGGGUGGAGGCUGGGCUCCGCUGCUUGCAGUCGGCGGGUUGCGCGGGGAGCGGAUUCCGCUCUGGGGCUCCGGGCGCCGCCCGCUCUGUUGGGCUCGGGUGGCUCACGAUGCGCGGCGGGCAGGACGAGGCGCGGGCCCCGGUGCUCCAGUUCACGAACUGCCGCAUCCUGCGAGGCCGGGCGCUGCUCAGGUGGGGCCCAGGGCCCGGGAGCUGCUCGGGCGCGGGGCCGGGCGCUGCCUGGGGAGGAUUUGUGGGUGCGCGAAGGCCGCAUACUGGACCCCGAGAAACUGUUCUUUGAAGAGCGGCGAGUGGCCGAUGAGCAGCGGGACUGUGGGGGCUGCAUCCUGGCGCCCGGCUUCAUCGACGUGCAGAUCAACGGUGGAUUUGGCGUUGACUUCUCUCAGGCCUCGGAGGACGUGGGCUCCGGGGUUGCCCUGGUGGCCCGGAGGAUCUUGUCGCACGGAGUCACCUCCUUCUGCCCCACCUUGGUCACCUCACCACCCGAGGUUUAUCACAAGGUCCUUCCUCAGAUCCCCGUGAAGAGUGGUGGUCCCCAUGGGGCAGGGGUCCUCGGGGUGCACCUGGAGGGCCCGUUCAUCAGCCGGGAAAAGCGAGGUGCACACCCCGAAGCCCACCUGCGCUCCUUCGAGGCCAAUGCCUUCCACGACGUGCUGACCACCUAUGGGGCCCUGGACAACGUCCGCAUCGUGACGCUGGCCCCCGAGCUGGGCCGUAGCCAAGAGGUGAUACGGGCCCUGGUGGCCCGGGGCAUCUGUGUGUCCCUAGGACACUCGGUGGCCGACCUGCAGGCCGCGGAGGAAGCCGUGCAGUGUGGGGCCACUUUCAUCACCCACCUCUUCAACGCCAUGCUGCCUUUCCACCACCGAGACCCAGGAAUCGUGGGGCUCCUGACCAGUGACCGGCUGCCACCGGGCCGCCACAUCUUCUAUGGGAUGAUCGCGGAUGGCACGCACACCAACCCCGCAGCCCUGCGCAUCGCCCACCGGGCCCAUCCCCAGGGGCUGGUGCUGGUCACCGAUGCCGUUCCUGCCCUGGGCUUAGGUGACGGCCGGCACACACUGGGGCAGCAGGAGGUAGAAGUAGAUGGACUGACAGCCUACGUGGCAGGCACCAAGACACUGAGUGGUAGCAUAGCUCCGAUGGACGUGUGUGUCCGGCAUUUCCUACAGGCCACAGGCUGCAGUGUGGAGUUGGCCCUGGAGGCUGCGUCCCUGCACCCUGCUCAGCUGCUGGGGCUGGAGAAGCGCAAGGGGACCCUGGACUUCGGGGCUGAUGCAGACUUCGUGGUGCUCGAUGACUCUCUCCACGUGCGGGCCACCUACAUCUCGGGCGAGUUGGUGUGGCAGGCAGAGGAGGCCAGGCAGUGACCAAGGACCACCGCUGGAACGGACGCCCAGCCUUAGGCGGCCUCCGUCAGGGCCGAGCCGUGGAGGAGCUGGUCUUCAGGGAGCGAGUGGGUGCCCUGCCCCAGGUGGAGGCCUCCGCUGAGCAGGCAGCUGGAUAAACACGCGCCCGGCAGGGA